UUCCGACAACGCCGAUCGCGGGUUGACGUGUUUUUCUUUUCUUCCAUACAUCUCUGUUCUUCCGAUUGGCAAAAAUUAUUAUUUGUGUCGUGUGGUCUCUGGUGUGGUUUGUUUGGUCACGCCGAACCAAAAGCCCCCAGACCAAACUCGGUUGUCCCCAACCUGAUAACAAGGUCGUAGCGGCAGAAGAGAGAGGCUCCGCUGGUUUUUGGACAAGCAAAACUCGCCCAAGUCGCCGAGCAGAGAAUUUGGAUUCUCUCGAGAAACUUUCGAGCCAACGAAAGCUAUAUGCGCGAGGUCGUGAGGAUCAAACUGCGGACAUGAUAAAAAUCAGAGAAGACAGGAUGCUGCCCUACCACCAGGUUCAAACUCUGGAGUUUCUAGGGCGCGAAGAGCACACCUAUGAAAUCCAGAGUACUAAUCUUAAUAUAAUUGGCUCGCCGGGAGGCCAUCGCGAUGGCAGCUCCAAGGUCAAGCUUAAGAGCAUAGUGGACUUCACGUGGGAGCACAGGUACUACAUGGGCCAGUUGAUGGCAGUUCACAUGUCCACCAAGUUUUUGGCUUAUGCCUUGAAUGGCAAAGCCGAUCCAGCUGGAAGUCAAAAGGGCCUGGUUCGUGUAUUAAGUAAGGAUUUCGAUGAAAGAAUUCUCAUCAAAGGAAUUAAGGGCCUUAUCCAAGACAUUACCUUUGCACACAUUGAAGAGCCUCUCUUGGCUUUUGUUGAUGUCACGGGGAGUCUGCACGUUGUUCUCAUUGAAAUAAGCAAUAAUAAAUUGAACUACAGUUACGUUUUACAAGUGAACGCAGACGAUUCUCCUCGCAUGAGCCACAGAGUAAUAUGGUGUCCUUAUAUUCCUGAUGAUGAGGCAAAUGAUGGCGACGAAGUUUCGAAACUCCUUAUUCUCACUCGUGGCUCAAAAAUCGAGCUGUGGUCGGUGGCUGUUGCCUCUCAAUUAUUCCCUUCAGCAAUUCAGGCUGAUAAUCAGGAGGCAGUGAAAAAUAAAGUCAUGACUGAAAUUUAUCAACACACUGGAAAUAUUAUAGAAGCCACUUUAAGUCCUGAUGGUACGGCUCUUGCCACAGCUAGUGCAGAUGGUGAAAUCAAGUUUUUCCAGGUGUUUUUGGUUGGUACAACAAGUGGUCAAGAGUGCAAGUGCCUACACCAAUGGCAACCGCACGGCGGAGAACCAAUUUCAUGCAUGUUUUUCCUUGAUGACCACAAAAAUUUCAAUACAGACACGCAAUUUUGGAGGUUUGCCGUAACAGGCUGCAACAACAACACAGUGAUUAAGCUUUGGUCCUGCGAAUCGUGGACCUGCUUGCAAACAAUCAAUUUCGCACCACACCCUCUGACGGGUAAAAUGCCGGUGCUCAAAGCCGGUCUAGAUCUCGCCGCGAGUUACCUUUUUCUUUCUGACAUUUACAAUAAGGUUCUGUAUAUAUUCAGUAUCUUGAAGGACAGUGAAGACGCAGUUGCUUGUCUAAACACAGUGUCCGAGUUCUUGUUGCCGAGUUCGUUUAUGAGUUUCUCGAUCGUUGAAGCGGGCCAGAGACGUCUGAGGUUCACCAGCGAUUCCAUGGAGAACCUGUGUCCGACCGAUGACGAAAACGAAGAACAACUCGUGGUAAGAUUGUUCCUUGUUCAGCCAAAGUCUAUGCAAGAGUGCCACAUUGCGUUUAGGCCACCUGUACUAUUGAGCAACAGCUGCCUUAUGGACACACUUGCUAACGACUCUUUGGAUUACAAUGAGGACUUACCUGUUAUCAAUACAACUAAUCACAAUGGCAUUGAAGAUGUUAAUGAUGAUGACGAAGGUGUAAACGGACAGCUGAUUGAAAUAAUUCAGGAUAACAUAACAGAAGCAGCUGACAUGAACCACAGUGCUGGGUUAAAUCUGAUGACACCUGAUGCCUUUAGCUCCCCAGCAAAAAAGGAAACUGCCCUGGACUCGAAGUCUUCUAGUCCGCAACUUGGAAACAUUGAAUCUGCUAGUCCAUCAAUUGCACAAGCUGUGCAGGCGCUCAAUACAUCAGACAAGCCGCUUGCUACUGGUAAACUCGAGGAGCAGGCACCACCAAGUGGGGGAAGUAGUCCUUCGAGAGAGGUUCGACAAAUUUUGUCAAGUGCAGAGCCUGAAGAGAGUGAGACAGAAAUCAAGCCCGAGGUUGCGAUUUCAACGAAUGAGAAUUGGUCACAAAUUCCUCUAGAUGCUUUUCAUGCAAUGCAAGAACAAGGAAAGGAGGACGUUACUGAUGGUCAAUUGAAUAUAAAAAAAGAAUUAACUCCGGUCCUGAUAGUCGAAGAGCCACAGAACAAAUGGAAUAUUUCUAAUGACAUCGUCGCAAUGACGAGUAAACUUGACGCCAUCAUUGAAAUCAUCCAAGAUCAGCAGCAGGAAAUCAGUGAACUGAGAGUAGAGGUGACGCGACUUCGUCAAGAAACUCCACUGACAAACCGCUUGGAAACUGCUUUUGCCAAAUCUGCUCAACAACAAAAUACAAGCAUUGAACAAAAUCUCUUGGCUCAAGCAGCAUGUCAGCAUGAAUUUCUCAAAAGCCUGGAAGACACUGUCAAAGAAAAGAUAGAGAAAACGAUUCCACGAUGUGUACAAGAAGUCGUAGAGCCACUCAAGAAACAGCUCCGGAUUGACGCCUCAAAAAUCGAUAGUAUGGUCCAAGAUAACAUGACAAAAUUACUUGGUGGUACCCAUGUUCGCGACGCUAUCACCGCUGCUGUAACUAGUGCGGCAAAGCCUACGCUCGAAUAUGCUUUCAAACAAGCAUUCACUAGUAUUCUACUACCUGGUAUGGAGAAGGCUUGCCAAAAUAUGUUCAAGCAAGUUCAGGAUGCGUUUAUUGCUGGAACGAGGGAGUAUCUGCACAAUGUCGACGGUAUCAUGGAUAAACAGUAUCAGAAGCAGAACAAGCAUCAGAGCGAGGCUUUAACCUCCGCUGUUCGAGAACAGGUGCAGACGGAAUUUUCGAGGGGUCUGACGAUGAUUCAAGAGAACACUAUCAGAAGUAUGCGUGACUCGUUAAAGGAAAACUUUACCCAGCACAUGUCGGACAUAUCUGGCAUUCGCUCAAGAGCGACAACUCCAGGUUUGACGGGUCCAACAGUAGCGGACGCUCAGACUAGAGUUUUAUCACUACUCCAUCGAGGUCAGUUGAACACGGCGUUCCAACAGGCGCUUAGUGCUAGCGAUUUGAAUGUGGUCGUGUUGGCCUGCGAAAGCAUAGAUCCUGCAUGCGUUUUCAACUCUGGCGGUCCAGGUCAGAACCCAAGGUGCGUGCUCCAGCAGCCUGUUUUGUUAUCUCUGAUCCAGCAACUCUCUGCGAAUUUGGGUCACAGAACUGAAUUGAAGCACAGAUGGUUAGAGGAGGCGCUACUCAGUUUAGACCCAAAUGAUCCUGUUACUCGUGAACACAUGGUCGCUGUAUUGUUGGGGUUGCAGACUCAGGUUGCUGCUUUUAUCAGUGCAAAUCCGGCUCACCGAUUAAUUAGGCGAUUAAAAAUGGUCACAAUGGUGGCCCAAACUUUAAUGAAAUCCGGCUAAACUUUUUCAAUUGUUAUUAACAUCAAUUAACACGAGAUUUUUCAUUUUGCGGUGAUCUUUUAAACUGGAAGAAAAGAGUGCGUGUUUUUAUCUCAAAAAAGACUGGAGAUGACUUUAUUUAAGAAUACGUUAUUGAUGUGUAAUUUUUAUUCAAUUAAUGUUUUUAUUGUACUAAAAAUAACUAAUUAAAGCGUCACUUGAGCAAGUAACUUGAAAA